UUUCGGCUCCAGCGCCCGAGCGCCCGCCCGGCGCCCCAUGGACCAGGGCUUGGCUGGGUCUUCUGUUCUUGCCGCGCUGGUGGGUUGGGUCGGGCACUGGGCGUUCGGCGACGUCCACUGGCCGACGUGGUUCCUGCCGCCGGUGGGCCACGCGACGUGGGACGAGCCCGACGCCGCGCCGUGCGAGACGUGCGCGGCCUGUACUUGUGAGGAGGAGUUGCACCAGCUCCUUAGCCAGCAGGCCGCUCUGGAGCGGUGGCGGCUGGCGGCGGCAGUGCUGGGGGUCAUCGCUGGGGUGGCGGGGCUGCUCGUGCUCCUCCUCGGCCUCUGCCUGGCCGGGGGGCGUGGCGGCUGCUGCCGCCAACGGGGUGCUGCGGGGGCCACCCGCGACGGCCACGCGCCCGCGCAGGCGGCGACCGGCGGCGGGCGGUGUGCGUCAGCUUGUUCGGCGUAGCGACGAGCUGCUGGCCACGAUUGCCUCGCAAGAAGUCCGUCGCUUAUGGAGCGAACCCUGAGCACUGAAGAAUCCCAAGUUCCUGCUGCGCUGGAAGGGUACCCCGAGGCAUGGCAACAUCGCGCGCUGCUGCGACGCAUCAAGCAGGCGAGGUGGGUCCCGAUCGGACCUGGCGGGGUGCUCGAGGUGCUCGACCUCGCCACGUGCGAGCUCGUCCCCCUGGCGCGUGGCGCGGCAGUGCCGGCGCGGGCGGCAGGGGACUGCGCGAUGCUGGCGGCGAUCGGCGACGCGGGGCUCCUCGGCUAUCACGCCGCUGCGACCCGCCUGGCGGCCACCAUGGGCGCCGACGGCGCCCCAGCAGCGCCCACCGCGGGCAGUGGCAAUGCCUGGCGGGUGGCCGACACCAGCGCGCCCGAGUUUGGACAGGAGGUGCCGGCGGACGAGGUCGCGAGCUCGGGCACGGUCAAUGGUGCUGUGGCGCUGGCCGAAGUACUGGGCGAGCCGCGGCGCUGGCUGUUCGCGGAGCCGUUGGCUUACGCCUCAAUCACACAAGUGUGGUUGAUGGCAUAUGUGGUCGUCUUUCUACAACGUGUCCAAGAAACGAC